AUGCCUGGAACCUCCGCUGCCUGUCGAUAUGGAUCAGAUAUGCGCCCACCUUUGAGGGUUCAUGCUAGGGGCUAUGUGCGAUACCAAAUACGCAUGAAGCUGGCCAGGAACUGGGUUUUCCUAAGUCUAUUUCUCCAUUCAUGUGCCUUUCGAUCACUCUCUGGUAAUAUGAAAAGUCAAAUUCUCAGAACCGGUGGAAGCCGGUGGAGUGGCACCGUUGCUAAACGAUGGGCUAGCUGGUUUCCCCCGGAUCCUGUUCCAAGAAUAAAAGCAUCAGCCCCAGCCCCAGCACGAAUAGCAAGACCAGCACGAAGCGCGCUCAAACCCGGCAAGCUGCCAGAGGGCUGA